AUGUCGUAUCAGCUCUCGCUUCAGCGGACCAACUUCAUGCCGCCUUUCAUGAUGGAAAGACUCACUAUCCUCUGGGGCAUAACCUAUCAGCAGUCCUACCGACAGGUGCCCGGCGCUCUAUCCGCAUACAAGGCCGACAGCAUCGUAUUCCAUUGCUCGUGCCAUGGAAAGCACUCGAUCCAUCUGGCGGCACCCACUAAGGUAGCUCGCCUGGAAGCCAACGCGCCGACGCGCAACCUGAUUCGCUCCAUGAGUCACAUUUUGGACAGCUCGACGCACCAUAUUCGAAUCACUGGUGCAGAUUACGCGGGCACGUACCAAGAGGUGUUUCUCUACCGACCUCUUGCGGAGUGGUCACGGUCAACGGGGCUGGGGCAGGGUCGUACACCACACAUCCUGUACGCACCACUUGUGGUUGACUGGAGCGGUGCGAAGCUGUCGAAAAGCCUCUAUGUCGGCGAGGGCGGCUACAGGACGAUGGAAACCCUGGGUAUGGGCGGACUGUGCAGCUAUGCCAAUCUCAAAUCUCAGUAUGGAGAAGUCGGCCUUCGGAUCAUAUGGGCCGAGGUAAAGUUUUGGUUCGCGAACCCGCACAAGUUAUUUCGAGCAUUGUACUCGGUCGAGUAUUUCCGGGGGAUCUUGCAGGGAACGAGGUGGCAAUGA